AUGGCAAGAAUAACUGACGAUUUAACUAAGUUUCACUACGUGCUUUCAAACUUGGACAGACAGUACGCGGUUGAAGUGGAAGACGUCAUCACCUCACCACCGGCUACAAAAAAAUAUGAGUACCUUAAAAGCGAACUGAUUAAGCGGCUUUCCGUGUCUAAAGAGAAAAAGGUAAAACAGCUUUUACAAUCAGAAGAGUUAGGUGACCGUAAGCCUUCACAAUUCUUACGACAUCUACGACAACUAGCUGGACCUACAAUACCAGACGAUUUUCUGCGGUCCAUAUGGACAAGCCGUCUACCAGACAACCUGCAAACUAUCAUCGCGUCUCAGAUGACUUUGUCUCUUAUUGAACUGGCAGAUCUGGCUGACAGAGUCCAUGACAUCGCACCUAGUGCACCUCAGGUGGCAACAACAUCUUCAAGAGAAGACUCGGCACUGGAAAUCAUGGCUCGACAAAUAACUGAACUAACAAAACAAGUCAGCGCUCUAACGAUGGAAGUGCAUACCCGGUCCCGUUCUCGCAAUCGUCAGCAGCUCCACGAUCGUACGCGAACCCCUACGAGAAGAUCCCAGUCCAACUAUAGGCGGUUCCCCCUUUGUUGGUACCACUUCAAAUUUGGUCAACAAGCGAAGACAUGUAUCCAGCCCUGUGAUUACACACCAUCGGAAAACAUUCGGGGCAGUCGAUAA